CGGGCAGAAAUCGCAGUGGAAAUCCAAAGGCUAACGCGAUUGGCAACGGUCUGGAGGCGUCGUCCCCGAGCGCGACCCUGCGCCACGAUGGAGAAGGCAGCCGCGGCGCGACAGUCCUGAAGUCCCGCGGCGCCCCCUCCCCCGCGGCCGAGCCUGGCCGGGCGCCGUCCCUGGGCGUGUGCCCCGCCGCAGCCCGCGGAGCCUCCGUGGCUCCUGCAAAAGGGGGCGGGGAGCGCGGCGAGCGGCCCGAGUCUGCGGCUUCCUCCCCACGCCCGAGCCUCCGCGCAGCGCCAGAGGACGCGCGCCCGAGCCCGGUCCCUACGCCGCGGCGCGCCCGGGCCCCCGGCCCAGGCCAGAACAAUCGACCAUGACAACCGAAUCGGGAUCAGAGUUGGAAUCGAAGCCGGAGCAGGAGGCCGAGCCCCAGGAGGGUCACGUGGGGGCACAGCUGGGGGCGCAGCCAGCAGCCGAGCCGGGCACUGAAGAGCAGCCCCAGGCACCAGAGCAGUUGGAGGAGGCGGCAGCGCACAGCACGCCCGUGAGGAAGGAGGUCACUGACAAGGACCAGGAGUUUGCCGCUGGACCUGCCAAACAGCCCGAAUAUCAGCAAUUUGAAGACGAUAAACUUUCUCAGAAAUCAUCGAGCAGCAAACUAUCUCGAUCUCCAUUAAAGAUUGUCAAAAAGCCUAAAAGCAUGCAGAGCAAAGUGAUACUUCUGGAUGGAUCAGAAUAUACCUGCGAUGUAGAGAAACGCUCCAGAGGCCAAGUGCUGUUUGAUAAAGUAUGUGAACAUCUGAAUUUGCUAGAAAAAGACUAUUUUGGGCUUACAUAUCAAGAUGCUGAAAACCAGAAGAAUUGGUUGGACCCUUCCAAGGAAAUUAAAAAACAGAUUCGAAGUGGUGCUUGGCACUUUUCAUUUAAUGUGAAAUUUUACCCACCAGACCCUUCCCAGCUCUCUGAAGAUAUCACCAGGUACUACCUCUGCUUACAGCUGCGCGAUGACAUCGUGUCUGGCAGGCUGCCCUGCUCCUCUGUCACCCUUGCCACGUUGGGCUCGUACACCGUCCAGUCAGAACUGGGAGACUACGACCCAGAUGAGUGUGGCAGUGACUACAUCAGCGAGUUCCGCUUCGCGCCAAACCACACAAAAGAUCUAGAAGACAAAGUCAUCGAGCUGCACAAGAGCCACAGAGGCAUGACACCCGCAGAAGCAGAGAUGUAUUUCUUGGAAAAUGCCAAAAAGCUCUCCAUGUAUGGGGUGGAUUUACAUCAUGCCAAGGAUUCUGAAGGAGUUGAAAUCAUGUUAGGAGUGUGUGCAAGUGGUUUGUUGAUCUAUCGUGACCGACUACGCAUCAACAGGUUUGCCUGGCCAAAGGUUCUAAAGAUUUCAUACAAACGGAGCAACUUUUACAUUAAGAUCCGGCCGGGAGAGUUUGAACAAUUUGAAAGCACCAUCGGGUUUAAGCUGCCCAACCAUAGAGCGGCCAAGCGUUUAUGGAAAGUGUGUGUGGAACACCAUACAUUUUUCAGACUGUUGUUACCAGAAGCACCUCCAAAGAAGUUCCUUACCUUGGGUUCCAAGUUUCGUUACAGUGGCAGAACACAAGCCCAAACCAGAAGAGCUAGUGCAUUGAUAGACCGCCCAGCCCCUUACUUCGAACGCUCGUCCAGCAAACGUUAUACCAUGUCUCGCAGCUUGGAUGGAGCAUCAGUGAAUGAAAACCAUGAAAUAUACAUGAAGGAUUCUGUGUCUGCUGCAGAGGUUGGUACUGGCCAGUACAUAACAACAAAGGGCAUCUCUCAGACCAACUUGAUCACCACUGUGACUCCGGAGAAAAAGGCAGAGGAGGAGCGGGACGAGGAAGACGACAGACGGCAAAAGGCCGAGGAAGCCACACCAGUCGCUGCCGUACGGCCCGAGGGAAAGACUGACAGUGAGCGCACGGACACCGCGGCUGAUGGGGAAACCACCGCCACUGAGGAGCUAGAUAAAACCCAAGAUGAACUGAUGAAACAUCAGACCAAUAUUAGUGAGCUGAAAAGAACCUUUUUAGAAACCUCCACAGACACUGCCAUCACGAACGAAUGGGAAAAGAGGCUUUCCACCUCCCCCGUGCGACUAGCCGCCCGGCAGGAGGAGGCACCCAUGAUCGAGCCGCUGGUACCUGAAGAGACCAAAGAAGAAAGAGAGAUUUCUGAAAAGGUUCUAUUUUUGCAGCAAGGAAGCUCUCCAUUCUUUGAGUCUCAGGGCACAGAGGACUGGGUUAUUGUAGACAAAAUACCCACUGAGGUAGUUGAUGGUGAUUCAAAAAAGAUUGUGACGUACAAGGUGGUGACCGUGAGCACUAGAACUGAUGACAUCCCCGCCGACUCGUUAGGAUCUAGCGCCAUUGAAGUGCAGAGCUUCGAAGACUUGGCCCGAGAAAUGCACUUGAAGGAAGAGAACAAACAGAAAAUAUACACACUCGGAAAGUCCUACGAUACCGUGUCCGGAAAAAUUGUCACUAUGACAGGAAAAGUCAAAGAAGGGGAGAAGGUGGUGUCCCCCUCCCCUCUUGAGCCAGGACUAGCCGAGUCCGUGAAGACCCCCCCUGUCCUGGCAGAGUUCGAGGUCCUGGGAGCCCUCACCGAGGACAGGACCAGGAGGGGGCCUGAGGUCCACACUCCAAAGCGGAGGCUGUCGGAGUCGCUGGCCCCCAUCAGGGAAGCCGAGUCCCGGCAGCAGAGCCCCGAGGAUGAUGCUCUUGAGAAAAGCCACGUGCCCGGGAGGGAUGCCAGUCUGGAGGGCGAGCGGCUGGGCAGAGCGGAGCCCGAGGCCGAGGCCGAGACCUUGAAGGUGGGGCCCUUCAGUCCCCGCAGGAAGAGCCUGUCCAAGUGGAGAUACUCCCAGGAACCGGCCGUCACCGUCGCCACCACCCGAUACGUUGUCACAGAGUCGGCCACGUCCCAAGUCGUGACUAAACAGUCUUCUGGAGAAAAGCUCAUGGAUGGCUCUGAAAUCUUCAGCUUAUUAGAGUCUGCGAGAAAACCGACAGAAUUCAUAGGAGGGGUUACUUCCACUUCUCAAAGCUGGGUGCAGAAAACGGAAACCAAGACGGAGUCUGGCAAAAUAGAGACGGAAACAACCCAGCGCCCCCAGCCACUUAGCACCCAGAAGGUUGUGCAGGAAACGGCAUUGGUAGAGGAAGGACAUGUGAUGAAUGUGUAUGCGAGUGGGGAUGCUUCUUACGCAGCUGGAGAUGACAUGGAUGCUGUGACCCAGGCAGCAUCUCCUGAUGCUUCUGAUGUGAAAGGGAAGGAGGUCUCUGCUCUGACUGAGGGAGCGAAGGAGGAAAAAGGGGAGGUGGCCGACAAAGCUGUCCUCGAGCAGGGAGAAGUGGCACCUGCUUCCCAAGGGCCAGAGGAGGAGCAGAGUGCAGCCAUCCACGUUUCUGAGGCUUCGGAACAAAAACCUCAUUUUGAGUCAUCAACUGUGAAGACAGAAGCCAUCAGCUUUGGCAGUGUUUCACCAGGAGGAGUAAAGCUAGAAAUUUCUACCAAGGAAGUGCCUGUAGUUCACACAGAAACAAAAACCAUAACAUAUGAAUCAUCACAGGUUGAUCUUGGUGCUGAUUUGGAGCCAGGUGUGCUCAUGAGCGCACAGACGAUCACAUCUGAAACCACUAGCACCACGACCACCACCCACAUCACCAAAACUGUGAAAGGAGGCAUUUCAGAGACGAGAAUCGAGAAGCGAAUCGUCAUCACGGGAGACGCGGACAUUGACCAUGACCAGGCACUGGCUCAGGCAAUUAAAGAGGCCAAAGAGCAGCACCCUGACAUGUCAGUGACCAAAGUAGUGGUCCAUAAAGAGACAGAGAUCACCCCUGAAGAUGGAGAGGAUUGAGCCCAGGAAUAACCUAGGCUGCACCUGAAGCCAGUCAUGCAAACCAUUAGAAAAACCAGAGUCUAUAUGGAGUUUCCUCUUCCAGCCCACUGAUUUGUAUCUGCCCAUGGACAAUUUCAAUCCAGAAGAACUGACCUUGACCAUUUAAUAAAGACACUGGCAGAGAUCUUCCCAUAAUAAAGCAAUCUGAGUCAGCAUCACUAAACUGAUAUUGCAUGAAGCAACAAUACAAUUACAAAACAAGCAGCAUUUUUACGUUUCACACAGUGUCUAAGUUCUCAGCUACACCUGCACGUUCAUAACCAGCAAUAGAAACCGUGAUCUCAUGUAACACAUAAAACAAUCCAUGCCUUUCAUAGCUGAUUAUUAUUAAAGUCUAAACAAAAUUGCCGUUUCUUAGGUGACAGAUCUUUUGUUUACAGAUCAACAAAGAUUACCCUAAACUGCUAGAAGCUGUCUAGUCCAGUGUGUCAGGUUUUUCCCAGAUUAGAUGUGCCAAUAACCGAGUUUAUUCAUUAAAUAACUUGAAUCUUGUACUUAUUUCCUCUGGUUUAUUACUCUUACCUGUCAGCAGUAACGACUCUCCGAUCCUCUGGAAAUAUUUAAUGCUCACAAUCCUGCUUUAUGUAAUCUAAUUUAACCGUUAUAAAGUAGUACUGACUUUAGCAUAUUAAUGUGAUUUCUUCCCCGUCGUCCGCUUUGGUCUGUGUUCAGUCUGGAAAGCUUCCCAGAGUUCCCUAACAAGUCCUAAAUAUGUAAAUUGUCAUUAUUUUGGAAAGAAAACCUGUAUUUUUGUUAGUUCACCGUAUGAUGAAAUUUCACUCCGGGAAAACCCAUUGGGCUUCUGUUGCUUUGUUUUCUUUCUUCAUUUCUUCAUUUCUUUGUCCUUGUAUUUUUUUAAUGGAUUUUUCUUCUUUUACUUGAAAAAAAGUGUUUUAUUUCCAAAUCUGGUCCAUAUUUGCAGUCUAGUUCAGAGCCAAGCCUUAAACUGUACAGAAUUUCCACUGUAAUAAAACUAUUUAGUGUUUAGUUAUAAAUAGCCUUCAAAAAGUUAUAUUCUCCAUUUCACUGUCAACCGCAUCGCACAGCCAUGGUGAAUGUAUGUUUCCGCAUAGCAAAAUAAAAAUGGUAAAUGCAUUUAAA